GAGGGUUGCACAUUUUACAGCUCACUGACCAUUUGGCGAUCCAUUGAGAGGAGGGUUUGGAAAAGUGGCUCCUUUGUGACAGCUCUCGCCAGAUUGGGGGGCUGCUCAUUUGCAUCUCAUUAGUUAUGCGAGCGGCCGGCAGGAUUUAAGGGUGGCAGGCGCCAGCCCGGGCCAGAUCCUCCGGCGUGCACCCGCGGUUACCCUGUCUGACCAGGGCAGGUCACGGGAGAGCACCGGUGCGGCACGGAGCCUCCCACGCUUCGGCCUCCGGUCCUCGGUGUGUGUUCUCGCAUGGCAUUGGCUGAAUUCUUGAGGAAGACGCGAGGCUUGGCGAUAGUGCAAGAGAUACCGGUCUAGAACACUCUGGGAGCGGCAGCGGCUGCCGAGUGACGCCGGGCCGGGAAACCAGGGCGCGCGCCGCAGUCCUUGCCACCACCGUUCCCACCGCGCCCCUCGGGGCCCCGGAUUAUCGCCUCACCGGUGGGAUUUCCAGACCGCCGCUUCCUAAUAGGCCUGCGAAGGAAGCCACUGCAAGCUCUCUUGGGAAUUAAGCUGAACAUCUGGGCUCUCUUCCCUCUGUGUCUUAUCUCCUUUCUCCUCUUUCCCUCCGCGAAGAAGCUUAAGACAAAACCAGAAAGCAGGAGACACUCACCUCUCCGUGGACUGAAAGCCAGACGAAGAGGAAACCGAAAGUUGUCCUUUCUCAGUGCCUCGUAGAGCUCUUGCCGGGGACCUAGCUGAAGGCACCGCACCCUCCUGAAGCGACCUGGCCCUGAUAGCACACCUGGAGCCGAGAGACGCCUUUCCGCCAGUACUCCUCGGGUCAUAUAGACUUUCCUGGCAUCCCUGGGUCUUUGAAGAAGAAAGAAAAGAGGAUACUCUAGGAGAGCAAGGGCGUCCAGCGGUACCAUGGGCCGUCGGAGCGCGCUAGCCCUUGCCGUGGUCUCUGCCCUGCUGUGCCAGGUCUGGAGCUCCGGCGUAUUUGAGCUGAAGCUGCAGGAGUUCGUCAACAAGAAGGGGCUGCUGGGGAACCGCAACUGCUGCCGCGGGGGCUCUGGCCCGCCUUGCGCCUGCAGGACCUUCUUUCGCGUAUGCCUCAAGCACUACCAGGCCAGCGUGUCACCGGAGCCACCCUGCACCUACGGCAGUGCUGUCACGCCAGUGCUGGGUGUCGACUCCUUCAGCCUGCCUGAUGGCGCAGGCAUCGACCCCGCCUUCAGCAACCCCAUCCGAUUCCCCUUCGGCUUCACCUGGCCAGGUACCUUCUCUCUGAUCAUUGAAGCCCUCCAUACAGACUCUCCCGAUGACCUCGCAACAGAAAACCCAGAAAGACUCAUCAGCCGCCUGACCACACAGAGGCACCUCACUGUGGGAGAAGAAUGGUCUCAGGACCUUCACAGUAGCGGCCGCACAGACCUCCGGUACUCUUACCGGUUUGUGUGUGACGAGCACUACUACGGAGAAGGUUGCUCUGUGUUCUGCCGACCUCGGGAUGACGCCUUUGGCCACUUCACCUGCGGGGACAGAGGGGAGAAGAUGUGCGACCCUGGCUGGAAAGGCCAGUACUGCACUGACCCAAUCUGUCUGCCAGGGUGUGAUGACCAACAUGGAUACUGUGACAAACCAGGGGAGUGCAAGUGCAGAGUUGGCUGGCAGGGCCGCUACUGCGAUGAGUGCAUCCGAUACCCAGGUUGUCUCCAUGGCACCUGCCAGCAACCCUGGCAGUGUAACUGCCAGGAAGGCUGGGGGGGCCUUUUCUGCAACCAAGACCUGAACUACUGUACUCACCAUAAGCCGUGCAGGAAUGGAGCCACCUGCACCAACACGGGCCAGGGGAGCUACACAUGUUCCUGCCGACCUGGGUAUACAGGUGCCAACUGUGAGCUGGAAGUAGAUGAGUGUGCUCCUAGCCCCUGCAAGAACGGAGCGAGCUGCACGGACCUUGAGGACAGCUUCUCUUGCACCUGCCCUCCCGGCUUCUAUGGCAAGGUCUGUGAGCUGAGCGCCAUGACCUGUGCAGAUGGCCCUUGCUUCAAUGGAGGACGAUGUUCAGAUAACCCUGACGGAGGCUACACCUGCCAUUGCCCCUUGGGCUUCUCUGGCUUCAACUGUGAGAAGAAGAUGGAUCUCUGCGGCUCUUCCCCUUGUUCUAACGGUGCCAAGUGUGUGGACCUCGGCAACUCUUACCUGUGCCGGUGCCAGGCUGGCUUCUCCGGGAGGUACUGCGAGGACAAUGUGGAUGACUGUGCCUCCUCCCCGUGUGCAAAUGGGGGCACCUGCCGGGACAGUGUGAACGACUUCUCCUGUACCUGCCCACCUGGCUACACGGGCAAGAACUGCAGCGCCCCUGUCAGCAGGUGUGAGCAUGCACCCUGCCAUAAUGGGGCCACCUGCCACCAGAGGGGCCAGCGCUACAUGUGUGAGUGCGCCCAGGGCUAUGGCGGCCCCAACUGCCAGUUUCUGCUCCCUGAGCCACCACCAGGGCCCAUGGUGGUGGACCUCAGUGAGAGGCAUAUGGAGAGCCAGGGCGGGCCCUUCCCCUGGGUGGCCGUGUGUGCCGGGGUGGUGCUUGUCCUCCUGCUGCUGCUGGGCUGUGCUGCUGUGGUGGUCUGCGUCCGGCUGAAGCUACAGAAACACCAGCCUCCACCUGAACCCUGUGGGGGAGAGACAGAAACCAUGAACAACCUAGCCAAUUGCCAGCGCGAGAAGGACGUUUCUGUUAGCAUCAUUGGGGCUACCCAGAUCAAGAACACCAACAAGAAGGCGGACUUUCACGGGGACCAUGGAGCCGAGAAGAGCAGCUUUAAGGUCCGAUACCCCACUGUGGACUAUAACCUCGUUCGAGACCUCAAGGGAGAUGAAGCCACGGUCAGGGAUACACACAGCAAACGUGACACCAAGUGCCAGUCACAGAGCUCUGCAGGAGAAGAGAAGAUCGCCCCAACACUUAGGGGUGGGGAGAUUCCUGACAGAAAAAGGCCAGAGUCUGUCUACUCUACUUCAAAGGACACCAAGUACCAGUCGGUGUAUGUUCUGUCUGCAGAAAAGGAUGAGUGUGUUAUAGCGACUGAGGUCAGUGUGCGGCCCUCUUGUCGUGGACGGGAGUGAUGUGGAGAGGGUCCAUUUCUGCCUGCAGUUAACUUCCUGUCCUGUCUCCUGGGCCCUUCUAGGUGUAAGAUGGAAGCGAUGUGGCAAAAUUCCCAUUUCUCUUAAAUAAAAUUCCAAGGAUAUAGCCCCGAUGAAUGCUGCUGAGAGAGGAAGGGAGAGGAAACCCAGGGACUGCUGCUGAGAACCAGGUUCAGGCGAAGCUGGUUCUCUCAGAGUUAGCAGAGGCGCCCGACACUGCCAGCCUAGGCUUUGGCUGCCGCUGGACUGCCUGCUGGUUGUUCCCAUUGCACUAUGGACAGUUGCUUUGAAGAGUAUAUAUUUAAAUGGACGAGUGACUUGAUUCAUAUAGGAAGCACGCACUGCCCACACGUCUAUCUUGGAUUACUAUGAGCCAGUCUUUCCUUGAACUAGAAACACAACUGCCUUUAUUGUCCUUUUUGAUACUGAGAUGUGUUUUUUUUUUUCCUAGACGGGAAAAAGAAAACGUGUGUUAUUUUUUUGGGAUUUGUAAAAAUAUUUUUCAUGAUAUCUGUAAAGCUUGAGUAUUUUGUGACGUUCAUUUUUUUAUAAUUUAAAUUUUGGUAAAUAUGUACAAAGGCACUUCGGGUCUAUGUGACUAUAUUUUUUUGUAUAUAAAUGUAUUUAUGGAAUAUUGUGCAAAUGUUAUUUGAGUUUUUUACUGUUUUGUUAAUGAAGAAAUUCAUUUUAAAAAUAUUUUUCCAAAAUAAAUAUAAUGAACUACAA